CCGGCGGCAGAGCGGUUCUCUCCCUACGAAGGUUCACACCGGACUGAACAGCUGAUCAAUGUGACAUUGUUGUUUUCAAGGGACCCUAAUAUGUGAUGCAGAAUCCAGCGGCAAAAAAACGGCACUUUUAGCACACGUCCCGCGAUCAGCUGACCGGCUUCGUUGCCACGGAAACCGAAGCAUAACAAAUAUGACGUCUGUUUUCCUUCGCAGUGUGGUCCAAUUCUGCCCCCAAGCUGCAGCAAGACAGAUAUCAAGGUUAUCCAUUCGUCAGUUAUCACAGACUAGACUCAAGUUCCCUGUUACAGUCUCAAGUUCAUUGCAGUCAAGAAAUAAAACGCUCUUUUUGCAAGGAGACACUUCAACGGAAUACACUGUCAGGGGUUACUGUUCUACUGAAAUAGACCAGGCAACUUAUGAACACGUGAGUGAUGAAACUCUGGAAUCCUUGACAGAAUACUUAGAAGAGCUGGUUGAGAGUGACUGUGCUCCUGUAGAUUCUGAUGUAACCUUUUCUACUGGUGUAUUGACGCUGCAGCUUGGAAGCGCAGGAACAUAUGUCAUUAACAAACAAACCCCGAAUAAGCAGAUCUGGCUCUCAUCCCCCACAAGCGGGCCCAAGAGAUAUGACUUUAUUAAUGGCACUUGGGUGUACCGCCACACAGGAAUCACUUUGCAUGAUCUGCUAACUGAAGAAUUGUCACCAGUGUUUCAAAUGGAAACAGACUUUUCCAAGUGUGCCUAUGGAAGAAAUGAAUCUGAUGAUUAACAUGUUUAUACUGAAUAUAUGUGCUAUUGAUAUUUAUGAAGAAAAAUAAUGUGGAGAUGUGGAAACUUGUAGAAAAGUGAAUGAAUAAAAUUAUUUAUCCUUAUUCUGACUUGUGCCUCAUUUGCAUCUGAAAGUAAAUAUGGACAUUUUGUGUUAGAAAACAGUUAUAUACUUUUAUCCUCGUGGAUACAUAUAGAUCAACUGAAUAAACUAACAGGGAAAGACCUUUUCUCUAAGAAAUUUAUCAGCAAUGGCUAUGGACGUAUCAAAGUUGGCAGGUUCUUCCAAAGACAAACUGCAUAAAGAAUGGGCUGAUUUCAAAGUGUCUGCAAAGGUCAGUGCAAAGCCGGUUUGCCCGUAUGCCAUUGGAGGGCAGAGGGACACCCCCAUAUCAGCUCUAGACAGUGUCAGCAAAGGCAUGUGCAUCUGGGAGGAAUGCCUCAAGUUGACAAUUGACCCCACGGUUGACAGAUCCCGGGGGGUGCUGCCGAGUGAGGUCAUGGUGGGAGCAGAGGGAGAGGUUACUCUCUACCCUCCACGCCGUCACAUCAACAUCGAAGUUGGAGGAUCCACACCAGGAAGCACAGUGUCUUCUGCCUCCAAAGCCAGUCAGAGCAAACCCAAAUCCCUCCCAGGAGUUCCCAUGACUAAAGGCAAGCCACAAACACCAAAGGCAGCAUUGAUGACUGCAGUAGAGCAGUCUGGAAAUUACAUGCUUGACCAUAUCAAAAGGAUCAGUGAAAAUGCCUUUAUUGCUGGCAAUAAUAAGAUCCUCUUUAUAUGCCUUGCUUCUGCAGCUUUAGUACGGAACAGACUCAAUGCCUACAAGGAUAUCCUGAAACAACCAAGUUCCAAAAACCUUACAAGCGCACUCGGACGAUGUGGUGAGAUGGUCGAGUUCUUGAUGCAGAACAUCCUCAGCUACAACUGCGACCUGCUUCACUCGGCCCUUCUGCAUGAUCCUGCCAGCCACGACUGGACUAACGUUAAACCGUAUCACGAGAAUGAAAAGUUCUCGGAAAGCAUUCAGAUGUGGGCUUUUUACAUGCAAGGUGUUCGAAAUGAUUUGUGGCAAUAUACUUCUCCACGGAUGAGCGAAAGUAUUUUAGCGAGCAUAUUUACUGACACUUUAAGCAUCUUAGUCACAAGAUAUGCCCAGAUUGAACCUAGUGACAUGAGACUUCAGCAAUACAAGGCAGAUGUUGUUGCAAUCUUGACCAUAGUUGCCGCUACUCUCCCUUCCCUCGUUGCCUCUCCUUCGAUGCUCUUCUCGGUUCGCAUCCAUGAGUCUGUUGCUCUGCCCAUCCAUCGGCGUGCAGAUCUGUUGCUCAAAGUUGCUGCUCUCAAGUGUGCUCCGAUCGAAAAUGUGGCAAGGAUAUUCCACAAAGGCUUUGACAAUGCAGUAAAGAGAACAGGAUACCCAGACUCACCAACAAGCAUCGAGUCCACUCCAGCUUGGCUCACUUUCCUCAAUCCUUCGCUCUUUCCUCACGGGCAGUCAUCUCUCAGGUUCCUUGGAGACCACCAAGCUGUUUAUCUCACCUUGCUUACGUUGGCCAGUCGACCGCAGCCCCAGUAUCCCCUCAUAAUAAGGGGUUUACUAAUGCGGAAGUUCUUGGGUACAAAGACCCUGAUGGAGGGACUGCAUGAUGCCCCUGGACAGGUCACAGCAGGAAAACCCUGUGACGGCCCCAUGUGCAUGCCACACCUGUGCUCCCCUCCUCUGAUACCUCACACUGUGUACGCUGCCAUUGCUCAGAUUGUGAUGCGAUGUGUGGAUUGGACGCCAGCCUUGUCCAACCUGAUUGGUCCUGGCGUCAAACAGUCUGGCUUGUGGGAUUCCUUAGACCGCACGCAGGUUUGGAACAUCCAGCGUCCACCAUGGCAUCAUGCUCUCGUGCAGUUGAUUGCUCCGAGUGUAGUGGGUGUUGUUGCUGAGGUCAUGAGAGCAGUGCCGCCCAAGCCUCCUGCGAAGCCAGCCCACCCCAGCCAGCUAUCAGUCAGGCUUGAGCACCAUCUGGCUGCUUGGACUCUGCAGCUGUUGACUGGCCUGGAAGGUGUUGCCGACUCGGUACCUCUCCCAGUCAUUUACGCGGCUCAUACCAUCAACACAUAUCUUCCUCCUACCAUCAAGCCUACAGGAGGGCAUGUGGUUACACAUUUGGUGGUUAAUGCCCUGUAUUCAACGGUGAAUUCACGAACGUCCCUGGACCAAUUGAAUGAUUCCCCAAUCACUGACGGACAAUGGGACAUGAUGAUUGCUGUUGGUGAGAGGCUGUGUUCUUUGCAUGAUGGGAACUAUGACACACACCUGAAGCAAAUGACACAAGCCCUGUUGUUGCAACUAGAAGACCUUGAAGAUGAGGAGGAAGAAGACAGCCUGGAUGACUACACAGAUGAGGAUGUGAUUGACAGUGUUUGCAAUGCUCUUGUUAAUACCGUCCUCUCAUCAGUGCAAGGCCAACAUGCAUUAGUUGUUAUUUGGGAGUUCCUGAAGCGCAACAUGGAGUGGAUGCAGGAAGCUUUAGAAGUACCGGCCUUGUUGCCUUUGACGUCCAACAAUCCACCCACUGCCCUGAACUUCUCUCCCAAGCCACCUGUAUACAACCCCCUGCACUACUACAAGAGGAUGAUCUACACACGUUUGGAUCAAGAGAGUCUCAUGAACUUCAAAGGAGACUGGGACGCCAUUCUGUGGAGUGACUUGGGUAUGCCAAAGGAGACGAUCGUUGACAUUCUGCGACAAAGACCAGAGUUCCAGGAGGACCCAUACCUCACACCAAGCCAGAAAUUAGCCAUGAAGAAAUUGGCACCAUUUGUGGUUCCCAGUGAUGACUGCAGUUCGAAAAAUGAGGAGUGAGGGAAUGCAGUGGGAGUAAGAGAAUAUAAGGGGAGGAAGAUAGAAAGGGGGAAAGGCGAGUAGCGAGAGAUGGAAAAAUGAGGAGGGAAAAAAGAAAAAAAAAAGGAGAAUGAGAGAACAAAAGUGAAGACUGAGAGAAAGAGGAAUGAAAGAACAUAAAUUGCAGAGUUAAAGCAUGAACAAAGAAAAGAAAAAAAGAGGAGUAAGCAAGCACAAAAUGAGUGAGAAUGUGUAAAGUGAAGACCAAGAGAAGCAAAAAAAGUACAAAAAGUACAGAGCGAGAAAAACAAAAAAUGAAUGGGAGAAGAAAGCAGAGAAGUGAGAGAAUGAACUGAUGUGUGCCUUUUAACUUAUAUUGGUUAUUAUUGAGAAGAUUGUGCCUGGAGAUCAAAAAAAUCUCAUGACAACAUUACUUAAU